AUGGUCGCUAUACUCGACGAUUCAGAUGCGCAUAGCGCAGGAUCGCAAUCAGUUCACAAGCCCGGAUCCAUCAAUGGACGCGCCCUCGAUGAAGAAAGCCCGCUGCUGUCCGAUCCGGAUGAGCCCAAUAUCAAGGCUUUGACCGAGGUUGGCACGAUAAUUGCAGUGCUCUUGUUAGGCGAGUUUAUCUCCAAUGCCGACGCGACGCUCGUCAUGGCCGCCACGGGCCGAAUCUCCUCUGAGUUCAAUCACCUGCGUGACGCGAGUUGGCUCUCUACGGCAUACACGUUGGGUCUCUGCACAGCACAGCCCAUGUAUGGAAAGCUCUCCGAUAUAUAUGGCCGCAAGCCAUUGCUCCUGGUCUCAUAUUUGCUUUUUGCGGUGGGAUGUAUAAUCAGUGGCAUCGGAUCGCAGAUGUGGGUGGUCAUUCUUGGUCGUGCAAUCAGCGGUGUGGGUGGUGCUGGAACAAUGACAAUCUCGUCAGUGAUUAUCACCGAUAUCGUUCCCAGGCGCGAAGUUGCCAGCUGGAGAGCUUAUGUGAAUAUUGCGAUGACUCUUGGCCGUAGCAUCGGCGGACCUCUGGGGGGCUGGCUGAGCGACACAAUCGGAUGGCGAUGGCUAUUUCUUCUCCAAGCCCCCUUUGUUGCCUUGGCCGCAUUUCUCGUCGUCAUUAAACUCCAGAUUGCACAGCCAGCGUCUUUGAGCAAAGACGGUUCCGCAUCGAAACUCCGCCAAGUGGACUUUCUUGGCUCAGCCCUUUUGGGUACGGCUAUUUUGGCAAUUACAAUUCUUUUGGAUCAAGGUGGCAAAUCCUUUUCCUGGCGCUCAUGGGUGACACUAUUCAUGGGUGGUGGUGGAAUUGCUUUGUUGGUGGCCUUUACGCUCGUGGAGGCCUAUGUUGCACGAGACCCCAUCUUCGACCUUCGCAUACUCCGCCGGCCUAAUGUGUCUCUCAGCUAUCUUAUUGGAUUUUUGCAGAUUACGGCGCAACUAGGCAUGAUGUUCUCCGUGCCACUGUACUUCCAGGUGACUCAACGAGCCUCCACUACCGCGUCCGGUGGACAUCUGGUCCCAGCUGUGGUGGGCAAUACGAUUGGUGGCCUCCUUGCUGGAAUAAUUAUUCGCCGCACCGGGUAUUACAAGGCUCUGCUGGUGCUUGCUGGUCUCGUGGCAUCGGUCACCUAUGUGCUGCUUUAUUUUACCUGGAACGGCCAGACUGGGAUUUGGGAGUCGCUUUUCAUUAUUCCCGGUGGUAUAGGCACCGGUGUUGCAUCUGGAUCGGCGUUCAUAGCCAUGACUGUUAUGCUACAACAGGAAGAAGUGGCCAUGGCAACCGCAGGAUACAUGCUGUUGAUCAGCUUUGCCAUGACUGCCGGGGUCACUGUCAGUAAUACGACUUUGGGUUUGGAAUUUAAGAAACAACUCCAGUCGAAUCUGCACGGACCUGGGUCUGGAAAGGUCAUUCGACGUGCCAUGGCGGAUACGGCUUACAUCGCCCAACUCGGAGGCCGCCUCCGAGAAAUCGUGGUGAUGUGCUACCUCUCGGGUCUAAAAUACACCUAUCUUGUCUCACUCGCAUGUUCGCUACUUGCCUCGUUCCUCGGCUUGUUCAUCCGCAACUACCAGUUGUAA